AGAAAUAGUGGAGUGUAUGAAGAAGAAAAGGAAGAAGAGAGAAAAGAAGAUAUUACUCGCAUAUUUACAGCGGACUGUCUGGUUUGCCAUGCAUUGACGUCAGUUAUAGAGCAUUUAAGGCCUGGCGUUGCUGUGCAUGAACAAAUUGGCUUCGUGUGACCUUGAGGAGUAGGAUGCACAAGGGAACUCGGGCGGAUGCACUGGUUCUCCUGCUCAUUCUCCUCCUAAAGAGCUGUAACUUUUUGUGUUUUUUUUACGAAUGACAAUUAGUGACAUUCUUUUAAUGGCACCAAUUAGAGGACAAAUAUAAUAGAAAGAUUGAUCAUGGUGAUAAUGAUAGUUAUCUUGAUAAAAAACAGAUUGAUGAACGAGAACAUGGUUAUUAAUAUCAGCAAGAAUAAGAGUAAUAUUAACAACACCAAUGAUAAAGCCAGUGUUUAUGAUGAAAAGGACGACGAUAAUGAUGGUGAUAAUGAUAAUAACAGUCUUGAUAAAUAAACAAAAAACAGCGAGGAGGAGAAUAGUAAUAAAAAUAAUGCGAAUUAUAAUAAUAAUAACAAUAUUACAACAAUGGUAACAAUAACAGUAACGAUAGAUGCUAAUGGUAAUGAUAAUAUAUUUCUGAUAAACAAUAAAAUAUAAAAGAUAAGUAAAUAACAAUACCUUUAAUAAUAGUAACAAUAAAAGAGAUACGAUACUACUACCAGUGCUACUACUACAACUACUACUAAUGAUAACGAUAAUAAUGAUAAUGGUAAUAAUAAUAAUGGCAAUGAUAUUUGAUAACGAUGAUGAUAUCGGUGGUAAUACCCGUGUUAUGGUAAUGAUAUUGAUAACAGCAAAAUAGCAAUAUCAUUAUAACAAUGACGGUAAUGGACAGCAAAGCGUUGGUAUCAAUAUUCGUCAUAAUGAGUAUGAUCAUAUUAGUGGCAUUAAUAAUGAUAUGAUGUUAAUAAUAAUGAUGGUAGUAUGAGGAGAUGGCAGCAAUAUCCUUAUUAAAAGUACAUAACAGCACAAUAGAGCAAUGCAAUAUAUAACAAUAGAAAUUAAUGCAAUAACAUAUAUUACAAUAUCCAUAAUAAUAAUAAUAAUAAAAUUAGUAAUAAAAAAUGCCUCCAGGAAUAAUAAUUGCAAUAGCUAACAGUGCUACAAUAGUUAUGAUAAUGAAAACAAUAUUAAGAGUACUGGUAAUGGCGGUGAUAACAAUAAUAACACUAAUGAUUAUGAUAAUGAUAAUAAAAAACAACAGCAAUAUUAGUAGUGCUAGUACUACUUGUAGCAUUAUUAGUGGUGGUGGUAACUGUAGUAAUAAUAAUAAUGAUGAAUACAGAGAGCAUGGUAAUUCUAUUAAUAAUGAUAAUAUCAACAAUAACGAUGAUAAAAAUAAUAAACAAUAACACGAAUAAUAAAAAUGAUGGUAAUGAUAGUGAUAGAGUGUCAAAGCUGUUCAUUAUUACUGCAGCUAUCAGCAGAGCUUUAAGGCGUGUUAGAGCACUCACAGUAAUCGAAGCUUAUCUAGAGAGGAAGAUAAGGAUAAGGAUGUAAGGAUGCAAGGAGGAACAUAAACAGUUAUGCUCUGAGCUAGUGCAGAGGAAGUGCACUUGUAGCGCCCUCAGUCAAUCUCCAAGGUGAGCGUGACACCAACCCUUUUUUUACGUUGGAUUCGACCUGGCAGAGAGCAGUCAUGGAGGACAAGGAUGCGAGAAACAAACCUGGGCUUGACCGGACGUCGUCGGGAACACUCAGGCAGACCACUUUGGUCAACUACUUCACUGAGAAACGGACGACAGGAGGAGAACCCACAGUGAAAGGACAAAAGGAAAGAGGGGUCUUAGACGCGGCACGAUCCGUUAAGACACCAAACCAGAAGACGAAGAAGAAGGGAGAAACGAAUACUGGCAAGAGAAACAAGAAAGACGGAGAGAAAAAAGAGAGUAACGGCAGGAAAAACGGGAAUGCUGGCGAGAGAAAGAGGAAUGGUGGAGAGAGAAAAAGGAAACGCAAGCAGAAAUCCCAAGCGGGUAAGGGACGAGACCCCAGCUUCGUAGAAGAAAAUGAGGUCCUGAGUAGGGAUGAGGGAGAAGACUCGACCGCAGAGCACCCUGUGGGGAGUGGAAGGAGAGAGAACCAACAACCUGGAGACGGGGAAGAAGGGGACAUCCAACCAAACGAUGAACCAGUGCCUGUUGGAGUGCAAGAAGAAUACAUAUCAGUUAUACUAGGACUUGAGACCACAGACCGUGUGCACCGAAGAGCCGAUAUCCUUCAGAUCGCCGCGACGCCCUGGCUUGAGAACGGCGACCACGGCGCGGAAUUCAACGUGUUCACCUUCCCGAGGCAGCCGAUCAACUGGCACGCGGCGAAAAUGAACGGCUUUUCCGUCACGGAGGAGUCGCUGUGGCGAUACGGCGAAAAGGUGGCGGCCGUGAGUCUCCAGGAAGGACUUCGGAGGUUCAUGGAGUGGCUGCGAAGUCUCGGCGCCACCAAGAAGCUCCUCGUAUGCAAUAACGCCCAGAGGUUCUACUCGCCGAUCCUGGAGAGACACGUCGACGCAGAGGGACUCCGGGCGGAAUUCGAAGACGUGGUGAUAGGAUUCUCCGACACCUUGGGAGUCUUUCGGGAGCUCGAUCCCGAGAGGAGGAUCUCCCGAGACUCCUUUAGGAGGGACGACCUCAUCCAAGACCGCUUGGGAGAUAAAAUAAAAAAGCAUGACUGUGUGGAAUCCGUUCACAAUCUAGCAAGACUUUUAAGUUCUUACAAGGCGGAGAAGGCAAUUAGGAAAUACAGCUUCUAUGUGGGCUACUCUCCUCUGAUCGUCACCCAGUGAAGUCAGCAUUCUUUCCAUAAUCAUAUUUCAAUAUGUUCUUAUGUUUCGUUCGCAAAAUUUCCAGAUAAUGUUUAAUAAUGUUGUACACUAAAGUCUUUCUAAUGUGUUCUAAUCAGAGCUUGAAAAGCUUGAAUAAAAAUGAGAAUAUUACACAAA